AUGAGCACAAACCCCCUUCUUUGCUGUCAUGAUUCAGCUUGGUUUUUUCUUCAUGUCUUCAUUCUCAACAUUCCCGCCAAUCGACUCGUUCUCUUCCCGGCGUUGGCGGGAUCUGUCUGGUUUCUAACUCUGGCGUCCCUACUGUCAAUAUGGCUCGCCCAUGGCAUGCCUCAAUACCCGGGACAGAGUAACCAGCAUGUUGCCUUCAUCUCCGACAUAGCGUCUUUCGAGCUGAAGCCACUUUUUCUCGUUGGCGCUUCUGUUACAGCCGUGGGUUUCGUGACCACCGUUGCUGCGGUUCAUGUGGUGCGCUAUGAGCCGGGGUUCGCCUUGGUAAAAUGUCCUGUAACCGACAACCGUAAUGACAAUGGCGACCAUGAUCUUCCUGGGAAUAGCAGUUCGUAUCUUAGUGGCUGUGACUAUCAGGAUUCCGACAGCGAGGAGGAAGAGGACCAUGAAACUACGAGAACCCUAAAGCUUAUCUCGCUGCUAGCCAUCUUCGCGGCCGGCGUGGCUAGUAUCGCCCUGAUUUUACUGGCGGUCAUGGAUACCUUUCGGUAUAAGAGCGCACAUCACCUCUUCCUCCAGGUCUGUUUCGCCGGUCUGGCGAUACAAUCUGCCUGUACGGCCAUCGUAUAUUCGAACGAGGUACUCGGAUUUGUGUCGUACGUCUACCACCUCGGUGUAUGGCAACACGAUUGGGGGAGGAGAAGUUUACGAGUUCGAGUCUUUGCCUCCCUCUCAACAGCCUUGAUCCUUACAGAAGUCUUCCUCGGAGUGGCCUUUAUCUCUCUGACUGUACCGGAGGAAAGCGCAAGCUAUCGAAAGGCAGGGAUCCUUGAAUGGAUUAUUGCCUUCCUAGGGACUAUCUAUCUUUGGUUAUUUUGUGGGUUCCUCGACCGAACCAAUUUCGACGGCUACGUCCCAAGCGUGCUUUACGGUUCCCCUGUACAAAGAAAAGACAUCCUACCACCUGACAGUUUACGGGGUCAGAUACAGAAUCGGGACCCUGAGCGCACCCACCUAAUUCAGGGACCUACAGGUGGGAAAUAUACGUGA